UUAACUGAUUGUUGAAUGUGUCGAAUAGGGAGAUCACGGCAACAGAUUUGGACCCCUAUUGCAGACAGUGAUCGGCAGAAUUGAAGAACGAAUGCCUUUGUUUGGGGUUAGAAUUCCCGAUCAAUUGAAUCAAAAAUAUCCAAAUUUAUUGCCGACUCUGGAGUCAAAUAGUGAACGACUGAUGACUUGGUUAGACUUACACCACAUGUUGGCUGACAUUGCAUUUCAAAAGUAUUCACCACUAAAUCCAGUGCCACAUGAGCUCCGAUCGUACUCUCCGUGGAGGCAACCCAUACCCCACUCGAGGACGUGUUUGAAUGCAUUAAUUCCCGACAAUUAUUGUGUUUGUGAUAAACGGAAAUCAAUGAACGUUUCGGAACCGAUUGUCAGAAUCGCUUCGUUAGCAUUAAUUCAACGAAUUAAUAAUUUUGUGCCUCAAGAAAAAUGCCAUAAAUUAUCACUCGAGUCAUCCAUUUCUGCCGAAAUUAUUCUUCCGAGCAGUUCGACCGCAAAGCCAAAAGGGUUUGAAAGUCGAAUUGAAAUCACCGUAAGUGUCAAACCAUCGGAUGCUAUAUUCAGGGCUCAACUCUUUCGGACGGCGCGAUCCCAUCACUGGGCGGUGAAGGGAGACAUCACUCGCAUCAAUGAAUACAAGAAUCAGUCUCAUUGUGUCCACGAGAGACAGUUCAAGCCGUUGUGUUUCUGUUUAUGAUAAAUGAAACGCAUGUCUUCAUCACAUCAACAUUUCAUAUAAUAAUAUGCAGCUAAUGGUCAUUGUCUUAACCGAUUUCACACAUUCUUAGAUACCAUCAGUUUAAACAUAAUCAAUGAAAUCUCAUUGAAAAUAAUGAUACUCGCAAACAAAAUGCUCACCAAUUGUUUGACACAACUAGUAAUAAGUUGUUGCUAUCAGACCCGUAAUGAAUAUGGGUUGGGAGUACCUCUAGUAAUGAG